CCUUAAUUUGAACUUGUAUAAAUUUAGCCUUUAAACAGCAUGCAUGUAAUUUUAUCUGUACAUUUAUCUCUGAAACUUUUGCCCUGAUGGGCUCUGUCGAUGACAAGGAGGUAGUCACAGAGCUUCUCCCUUAUCUCAUCGUAUACAAAAAUGGCUCCGUUGACCGAUUAUUACAGUCUCCUAUUGUCCCACAUUCUCUCGAAGAUCCAGAAACCGGAGUUUCGUCUAAAGACAUAGCCAUCUCCCAAUCUCCUCCCAUCUCCGCUCGUAUCUACCUUCCAAAAUCCAUUCAACCACAUCAAAAGCUCUCCAUCUUGGUCUACUACCAUGGCGGGGGCUUCAGCUUCGAUUCCCCCUUCUCCUUUUCCGAAACCAACUACAUGAACCGCUUGGUCUCUCAUGGCAGAGUUCUUGCCGUAUCAAUAGACUACAGGUUGGCUCCUGAGCAUCCUCUCCCUAUUGCUUAUGAAGACGGCUGGGCUGCUCUCCGGUGGGUCGCUUCGCACUCUGCCGGCACCAAAACAGAGCCUUGGAUUUCAAACCACGGCAACUUCGAUCGAGUGUUCAUCGGCGGUGACAGUGCAGGAGCCAACCUUGCUCAUAAUAUACUGAUGCGAGCAGGGUCAGAAGAAUUGCCGGGUGGUGUUAAAAUUUUAGGAGGUUUUCUUACGCACCCUUAUUUCUGGGGUUCGAAGCCGAUUGGAGAAGAAAAUGGUAAUGAGCACGAGAAGAAGCUGCCGUAUAGGCUCUGGGAAUUCUUGUAUCCGACGGCAAGUGGCGGCAUGGAUAGCCCGUUGAUUAAUCCUAUUGGUCCCGGAGCACCGAGCUUGGCCGGUCUUGGAUGCCGGAGAUUGCUUGUGAGUGUGGCCGGUAGGGACUUGAUGAAGUACAGAGGGAUUGGAUAUUAUAAAGGUGUGAAGAAAGUGGAUGGGAAGGAGAAGCUGAGUUGGUAUGGUGAAGAUGAAGACCAUGCCUUU